AUGGCUGCGGUAUACUUCUGGUAUCAGAUGGUAGGAUACAGCCACGUUUUCAGGGAGCUCUUAAACCUGCUGGGCCCUGGCAGAGCUUUAUUCUACGGCACGGUGUAUGAAACUACCGUAAGGCGGGCUGCGUGGACCGUGGAGGAGUUCACGGACAAACACGGUUCCUUCGGAGCACAGUGCGUGGUCGCAGGUGCAGGCUGCCCUCUCUCUUUUUGCAGGCUGACUCGGUACGUCGUGCUGCUGUGCUUCACCAAGGUUCUGAAAGCCGUGGGGCUGUUUGAAUCCUACGACCUUCUGAAAGCGGUCCACCUCGUGCAGUUUAUCUUUAUAGUGCAGCUGGGGUCUGCAUUUUUUAUGGUUUUGUUUCAAAAACCAUUUUCUUCUGGAAAAGUGGUAACCAAGCGUCAGUGGAUCAAAAUUUUUAAGCAUGCCGUUGUGGGAUGUAUCAUUUCACUCUUGUGGUUUUUUGGCCUUACUCUUUGUGGACCACUGAGGACAUUACUGCUCUUUGAGCACAGUGAUGUGGUUGUGCUAUCACUCCUUAGUGUCUUGUUCACAAGCUCAGGUGGAGGACCAGCAAAGACAAGAGGUGCUGCAUUUUUCAUCAUAGCUGUCAUCUGCUUACUACUUUUUGAUAAUGAUGACCUCAUGGCUAAAAUAGCAGAACAUCCUGAGGGGCAUCAUGACAGCGCCCUUACCCAUGUUCUGUAUACAAUCAUUGCUUUCCUGGGUGUUGCAGAUCACAAGGGAGGAGUACUGCUUCUGGUAUUGGCAUUGUGCUGUAAGGUUGGUUUUCACAUGGCUUCCAGAAAACUAUCUGUAGAUGUAGGUGGAGCCAAGCGUCUUCAAGCUUUGUCUCAUCUUGUUUCCGUCCUUCUGUUGUGCCCCUGGGUCAUUGUUCUCUCUCUGACAACAGAGAGUAAAGUAGAGUCUUGGUCUUCUCUCAUCAUGCCUUUCAUAACAGUCAUCUUUUUUGUUGUGAUCCUGGAUUUCUACGUGGAGUCCAUAUGCUCUGUCAAGAUGGAAGCUUCCACAUGUGCUCGAUAUGGAUCCUUUCUUAUUUUCAUUAGUGCACUGCUUUUUGGCAACUUCUGGACUCACCCAAUAACAGACCAGCUUCGAGCAAUGAACAAGCCACCACACCAUGAGAGCACAGAGCAUGUUCUUUCUGGAGGGGUGGUAGUGAGUGCUGUCUUCUUCAUUUUAUCUGCCAAUAUCCUGUCCUCCCCCUCCAGGAAAGGGCAGAAGGGUACCCUUAUUGGCUAUUCCCCUGAAGGCACUCCUCUCUAUAACUUCAUGGGUGAUGCAUUACAGCAGAGCUCUCAGUCAUUACCCCGGUUUAUUAAAGAGUCACUGAAACAAAUCCUUGAGGAGUAUGACUCUAGGCAGAUCUUCUAUUUCUUGUGCCUAAACCUGGCUUUCACUUUUGUGGAGCUUUUUUAUGGAGUAUGGACCAAUAGCCUUGGUCUUAUUUCUGAUGGAUUUCACAUGCUUUUUGAUUGUUCUGCAUUAGUGAUGGGGCUUUUUGCAGCUCUGAUGACAAGAUGGAAAGCAACUCGCAUAUUUUCCUAUGGAUAUGGACGUGUAGAAAUUCUCUCUGGAUUUAUUAAUGGGCUCUUUCUGAUGGUAAUUGCUUUCUUUGUCUUUAUGGAAUCAGUGGCCAGACUGGUGGAUCCUCCAGACAUAGAUACAAAUAUGCUAACUCCAGUCUCUGUUGGAGGGCUGAUUGUAAACCUUGUUGGCAUCUGUGCCUUUAGCCAUGCGCACUCCCAUGGGGCUUCUCGGGGAGGUUGUCACUCGCACGAUCACAGCCAUUCUCACCACGGGCACAGCCACAGCCAUGGGCACGGCCAUUCCCACAGUGACCAUGGCCACAGCCAUGGACAUUCCCACGGGUCUUCUGGUGGAGGCAUGAAUACCAACAUGAGAGGUGUGUUUCUGCAUGUGUUAGCAGACACUCUUGGCAGUGUUGGUGUUAUCGUAUCCACAAUAUUUAUUCAGCAAUUUGGAUGGCUCAUAGCUGAUCCUCUCUGCUCUCUUUUUAUUGCUACAUUGAUUUUUCUUAGUGUUAUCCCACUGUUGAAAGAUGCCUGCCAAGUGCUUUUAUUGAGGAUACCUCCAGAACAGGAGAAAGAUCUGCAUGCUGCUUUGGAAAAGAUUCAAAAAAUAGAGGGAGUCAUAUCCUACAGAGAUCCUCAUUUUUGGUGUCACUCUGCAAGUGUUGUGGCAGGUACAAUACAUGUGCAAGUGGUAUCAGAUGUGAUGGAACAGAGAAUUGUGCAGCAGGUUACAGCGAUUCUGAAAGAUGCUGGUGUAAACAACCUAACUGUCCAAGUGGAGAAGGAAGCUUAUUUUCAACACAUGUCCGGACUCAGCACAGGAUUUCAGGAUGUCCUUGCAAUGACUCAGCAACUGGAAUCCAUGAAAUACUACAAAGAUGGUACUUACAUCAUGUGAUCCAAAGUUGGGCUCACCAAAGGAGGUGUAAAUGGUGACGCUGUGGGAUUCCAUAUUUGUAUUACUUUUUGUCAGGAGAUCUUGCACAUAUAUGUACAGAAACAAAUGUACUAUAUAUUUGAAUUUUUUUAAGCAUACUACCUUUAUUAAAAUUGAAUCAAGGUGCUUUUAUAAAAGAAAUAAGAGGGAGUUGAAUAUUUGCUGUGUAUGUGAAAAUAACGGAAAUCUUAAAUACUGUACUUGGUGUUUAUUAAACAGAAGUCUUGCAACUUGUGGGUUAGCACAGAUAUAUUCCACACUUUUCUCAUAAGUAUGGAACAUCGUGAUGAUAAUUUCAUGUUAGCAGUGGAAAAUGGAAAUAGUUUAUAUUGGAAUGCAAACAUAAUCAACUGAAAAAUAUUUUUCUUCAAACAUAGCUUGAAAACUUUGAAUGAAAAAAAAUUACACAUUUGUUAUGGGGAGUAAAAACCAACGUGAAGCAGUGGUUUUUGCACACUGUGUUAGAUAAUACAAAUACACGGUUUUUGUGUUAUGUCUUGGCAUACAAAUCCGAUUCCUAAACUUAAUGCAUCAGAGCAAAUAGAUGUUACCAUUUUAACUAUGUAUCAAAAUAUUUUUUUAAGGAGACAAAUCCACAGGUUAACAGUGAAAAAUUGGGAGGGGAAAAAAUCGCAGACACUUUUUUGUUGCCUGGGAAGACUCAGAAUCAAAAUACCACCCUAAAAGUAACCUUUUUGUACUUUUUUUAUGAAUAACUGCAAAUUCAGUAGUUCAAAGCUUAAAGUAAUUCAUCAGUGAGCUUCCUAGCACUCAGCUAAACUUCACCUCUUCAAGAUAUGUUAUUCUGUUAUUUACUUGGUUUCUUUCAUAAUAACACAGCUGCAGGUGUUCUGUAGCCAGCUGUACCUUUGCGAUGGGGUCGUCUCCCGUGAUCGGACUGUUUACCCAAACUGGAUAGUUUCUUCUGUAAGCGCUAAACAAGUUUGCAUUCCAUUCUCUUCCUCCAGCUCUCAGUUAAACAACACUAUCUGUAGGAGGAGAGGACUGGUUUGAAAAACCGCAGUCAGGAAGUCUCUAGAAGUUGCCUUGCUCUUACACAGAGCGAUGAAUAUGGGCUACGCAAAUCACAGCCCCUCAUUUCUCAGGAUAGUGCUGCAGAACCAGCUGAGUUCUCAAACCUUGAUCCUGUUUUCUGACGAUUUAUGCCUUUGGCAGUGGUUUUCUCACCUUGCCUCCUCCAGAAGGCUGGGGUCAGUUGCCUGGCAGGGCUACAAUUACACUCAGCCUAUAAGCAGGGUGACGUUUUGGUUUUGAAAACCGUUUUCAAACAAAAAUGUGCCACUCAUAUUUCAGGUUGCCACUCAUAUUUGAGGCGAUGCUGCUGGAGCUGACAUCAUUUCACCAAACAGAGCACUAGAACUGAGCAUCAUGACAGGCAGAGGAAGAAGGGGGUGAUUCUUUUCGCAUCAAGUUAGCUUAACAUAACUGGAAAGCCUCCGUGCUUGCCACAGCGUUCUCUGAGCUGAUGCCGACUCCCCGCUGCGGCUGCUACCGACAGGACCCGAAACAAAUGGAGGUAGCUGGGGCUGCGUUAGCCGGUCAUGGCAGUGAAGAUCAGCUCGCACCCAGUUGCUUCGCAGGCGAGUGCAAACCUGCAGCUUAACGCGCAUCAGCAGCUUUUUGUGUGUCACCAACGCACACGCACACACACGGUAUUUUUCCUGGCUGCCCUGACAGGAGGACGAUGGCGAUAAAUGUCUCGAAUUUGUUUAACAACAGUCCGUACCUGGCAAGAAUCCUCCAAAGAAGGGUUCAGGCUUUGC